GAGCCUGGAAUAUUUGUGGCUAGUUCAUGGUUCAAUAGCGAUUCAAGCUGAUUGUAAAGUGAAUUUAAUAUUGAAUGUACUGUUGGAGACUGGAAGCCUUGUGGAAAGGUAUACCUUCAACGCCGUUGUGGACUAGUAUUUAGUAGUUUGUAUCCCAGCUGACAGGAUUAAAUAAUUUCUUGGCCCUAAGGAUAUAACAACUGGAAAAGACGGGAGGAUAAUCAGUAGUGGUGGAUGCUGUGAUAUUCAAGAUUCCAUUUGAAGUGUGUGGCGCAGUUUGUAAUGUGUUGGGCUUUCAUUCGUGAGGUUGGGGAUUCGAGAUUGAUGCUCGCCUCACUGCUUGUGUUUCUGGGCAAGAUACCUGCUUUGCCUCUCUUCACGCAAGAGUAUAAAUGGUACCUGGUAGGAGAAUUUAUGCUGAGAUAUUGCACAGUAUGUAGUAUGAGGAUCAGCAACUGAAAGGUGACACAGAAAAAAAAUAUAAAGACUUAACUGUGCUGAGAAAGUGCAAGCAGAAGUUGCUAAGGAGCAGGUGCACCACAAGAGGGCGCUCUUCCCAAUUUUUGCAACUGUGCAACAACAGCAUUCCAAACAAGGAAUUUAUAUAUCACUACCAUUAUGAUGCUUUCAGGAUUGCUUGAGAGGCCCAUUUUGGGCAAACUAACUCUGUUCUGCACGUUGGCAGUAUGCUUCUUAAUGCAAAAAACACUUGCAGCAAAUAUGUUUAUGUCAACGAACUCUUUAGACAAUGCUACGCCUGUUUCUAUGUUGUGGGGUGUCCCUGACACGUCGGCUGUUGUGGGCCGAAUCUUCAAAUUUGCCAUUCCAACUUAUGCAUUUAGAGGAGACGUAUUAAGAUACGAGUUAUCAGAAGGUGACAGUGAUAGCAGACUUCCCAUGUGGCUUCACUUCAACUCGACCACCAACACCCUUGAAGGAGUGCCAUCAGAAGAAGAUGUUGGUGUACAUUAUAUAUCAAUCAUUGCUAUUGGAAAAAAAUCAAGGGACAAAGAUAUCUUUACAAUAGAUGUUGUUCCUGCUCCAGAUGUGGCUUCAUCCGAAGCUAAAGACAUUAAUACUGGUGUUGUGAAAUGCCAACUAGACGAACCUGCUGUCUUAGCAGGAAUCGUUCUUGAUGCAGAGUUGUCAAAGAUGAGUCCUGCAGCUCGUGUCAGUGCUAUACAGAAAAUGUCUCAGUAUUCCAUGUUGGCGGAAGAGACCUUUACUCUACUACCAUCAAAGACAGGAGACUUAUCAGCAAUUAUAGCAGGACCAGGAAACAUCAGAAAGCCAUUCUACAAAGGGAUGGUGGUUAGUUGGCAGAUAGGCUGUGGUUCUCGAGAUUUUUCCAAGCUUCCGUUGGUCACCGUGCUUGAAUCUGCGGCAAAGGAUGGCACAAUGGCAGAGAAACUUGGACAUAACAUCAUCAGUUGGCAUGUAAAGUAUGAUCAGCCUAAACUUGCCAGCCGAGUUCGCAGACAAGCAAUCCCAAUUGUAGUUGGUACACCAUUGGCUACUCCUGUGCCAGGUUCUAUCCUACCAUCUGUUAGGCCGUCAUCGAGUAUCAAACUUGAUAUGACUCCUAAACCACCAACAAGAUCAGUACCAGCUGAAAGUACUAUAGUAAUGAUGUCCUCAUCAGCAAAAAUGUCACCAUCUCCAACAAUGAAACAUCCUGUCAAAACACAGCUUCCUGUGCCGGGUUUCACUGCCAUGCCAACACCAACUCCUACUCCACCAAGAGGGGUUGAGACUUCAGUGCAGCUCCAGCCAACACCAGUUCCAACAUCAGAAACUCAAGCUCCUACACGAACAUUCUCACCUCCAGCACAGAGCAUGACGCCCACUGAAGUAUUGACAUCUGUGCCAGUAAUGACAACUACACCAUCAUCUACUAAAGUUCCCAAGGCCACCUCUUCUAUGAUUGAACCAACCAGCACAUCUACAACAGUAGUAACCACGCCGGUAAUAAUACUACCACCAUCAACACCACCCCCGCCACCAACCAAGAAGCCUAAGCCUACAAAGAAACCUGUUGAACCAACUAAACCAGUGAAGGAAACUACACCAACGAUGCCAACGACAACCACACAGCGCUCAACAACUGUAGAUAAACCACCAGUUGUGAUUAAAGACAUUUCCAGGAUUGAAGUUCAAGUAGGAAAGUAUUUUGAUUAUAAAAUACCAAAUGAUCUAUUCCAUGAUGAAGAUGGGGAUACCUCUAAGUUGGAACUUGCAUUAUACUUCGCCAGUAAUCGUGAACCUGUAACAAAAGACCACUGGUUCUACUUUGAUAAAAAGAAUCAAAAAUUAAGUGGCCGGACAUUAAUAGCACAAGAAGUUACAGAUUAUUUAUUAGUAGCUCAAGACACGAAAGGACAGUUUAAUGAAGUUGUUUUUGAAAUUGUGGUAAAACCAGCUCCAAAGCCAGAAGCUGCACCAGUGUCCAUGGGAAUGACACUUGAUAUAGACUAUGAUGAAUUCAUGAAGAACAAGGAACUGCAGGAGCUGAUUCUAACUAAGCUUGCGGCAGUGUUUGGUGAUACUAAUGCUGAUAACAUUGCCAUUCUCUCUAUCGAGAGAGGUUCUGUGAUCCUGUCAUGGACCAAUAGCUCUAUUCCUACGGGCUCUUGCCAGAAGGAGCUAAUUGAAUCUCUGAUAAGAAUGAUGUUAAAUCCUGAUGGAACAGUGACAGAUGAGAUGCGGAAUGCGUUCUCACCAGAUUUUACAAUUACGGAAGUACAGGCCAUGCCGUCUGGUGUUUGUUUAACCACCAUAGCUCCAACAACAACUGAUACUACUACUAGAAUCGAUGGUGUGCCGCAACCUCAGUCAGAUGACAUUUGGAUAAGUACAGUUCUUCCUGCUGUAGUAGUGGCAUUCAUCCUGCUGAUAGCGGGCGUAAUCAUCUUCAUUCUUUACCGAAAGAAUCGCAAGGGCAAGUUGUCAGAUGAAGAUAAACAUACAUUCAUAAGUAAACGAAUUCCAAUUAUUUUGCCAGAUGAGAUACAGGAUGCAGAGAAGCCACCAUCUUCAACAUCACCUCUAAUUUUAAAGAAUGAGAAACCACCGCUACCUCCGCCAGAUUAUGCAGCAGACAAGACAUCAGAACCGCUAUUAAAUGAAUAUGUUGAUCUAGAUAGAAAUUCUGUACCAAUGGUUGAUUUAUCUGGAUCACCCCCCUAUGAACCUCCGCCACCAUUGAACUCAACCCCUUCUGAAAACCGAACCACAAGGCCAAUCAACACCCCAACACACAGAGCACCACCCCCAUAUGUGCCACCAUAA